UUUCCCUAUGCGCCGCCUCAGUACCCCAGCUGUUCCCUGCUCACCUAAUAAACCUCUAACUCAUGGCAGAGCCUCUUUGCCCUCCCUCACUAAGCUGAGCCUGGUGUCCAAGUCCCGUCGAACAAUGGGUCAGCACAGCACUGUAACAGGUGAAGGUUUUCUUUACAGUGAGAGCAGUCGACUGACUGCAGGUGCUGCCAGAGUUCCCACCCAGCAGGGUGAGCCCUGUCUGUCACAAUAUGGCUCUAAUUCUCUGUCUGGCCCCUCAAAGCCUGCUUCUCUCCUUCACUUCUCUCUGCUCUUCUCCUCCACCUAUGGCACCCUGGUGGUCAACAUCCUAGGGCUCUCAGGGGCCAGUCAAAGGCGCAGUGGGGUGUUUGUUCGCGCCAGCCUUCCUCCACUCUGCCCCUCCCCUCAGCAGAUCUCCUCUCGGCGCCGCAGUCUCAGCCCAGACCUCCAGAGCCACAGCUUCGUGCUGCAGGUGGGCUCUGUGGAAGAGCUGCGCACCUGCACUUUGAGCCUGGCUGUCUACAGCAGGGACUUCUCGGGCCUGAGAGAGGCUGCACUGGGGAUGGUGGAGCUACCAUGUGAACAGGUGGACUGGGAGCCUGAUACCACUAUCACCUACACCAGGGAGCUCAGUCCAACUAAAAGCAAGCUGAAAAAGAGUGUGAGUUCUCAGGAAACGUUAAGUCACAGAAAGAGCUCAGUGUGUGUGCCGCGGGCUUUGGGCCAACUGUUCAUCUUGUUGCAGUACCAGACGCUGGGCCAGCGCAUCAAGGUGAUGGUCCGCAAGGGUGAGAAUCUGGCCAAGCUCACACGGAUUCCAGGAGCUCCAGAUCAUUAUGUUGUUAUCAACCUACGUCAGGAAGGAAAAAUAAUUGGCACCAAGGAGACCAAAGGGGCCAGUGGUUCAAACCCCAUCUGGAAUGCUCCAUUCCUGUUUGACCUGCCCCCUGGUGACAUCACUGAACUACCAUUGGUCCUUGAAUUCAUUGUCAUGCAGGGCCGUCUCUACACUAAGAGCACUGUGCUGGGUCAUGUGUUGAUUGGCAGAAAUGCUUCAGACGCGGGACAGGCACACUGGAAGGAAAUGUGCAGUCGGGGGCAAAUAGAAACAGCUCGCUGGCACACCAUCCAGUCAGAUGUGCUGUAGGACUGACUUAGAGAAUGUGGGAUUGUGCCGCUGUCCCUUUACUGCCUAGUGAGUGUCCUAGAGGCGGUUUGAGGUAGAAAUAACAUAUGAUUGGGUUGCACACACAUAGCUCCCCUGUUUUCAAAGUAUUUAUUACAGUCAUUUUUUCCAUGAGCAGAUAAUGUUCUUGAACUAAUGCAGACACUUGGAGCAUUAGUAGCUACUCCUUACAUAUCUACAUGGGUUUUUUUUUUGCAUCUAUAGGGUUGUAGAGGGAGAAGCACUGAUUGCUAUAUGAAGGAGGGUGUGAGGAGGGAUGUGCAGCAGCUUUCUCCAUAUCAACACUUUUCUGCAUCCCUGUAUAGCCCUUGUGAUUAUUUUUACUGUCACUUCUUGAAACUGUAGUCUGUAAAAGUGUAUUGUUCUGGAUGUACUGUAUGCAGUUUGUAUGCUCAUGUUGAGGUACUGUUUGUAUUGUGCCCAGAGGUUACAAAUAUAACUACUUGUUGGAUUCUACAGAACACAAAUAUAUGUUGCCACUCUGUUGGUGGUUUGCAGUGGUUGUUACUGUGCUGUAUUUGUCUAUAAACUGUAAACACCUCUUCUUACUAAUAUCCUGUAUACUGUAUGAGUCUAGAUUGACUGUACUGUGUGUGGCAUACCUGCUCAAUUGUUGUUUUAUUUAGUGCAAGUAGGGAAAAAAGUUAAACUAACAAAUGAAAUCACCCUCCGUUAAGGCACACAAUGCCACAUAUAACACAUACACUUUUUGCACCGCACUGUAGUUUAUUUUUGGAGUGGAGAUGUAAAUUUAGUUGGACAAAUGAAACAAUUAAAAACUGUUAAUCAGUAAGAAUGAGAAUAUUACUUCUGUCCUCUUUUUAGUCAUGAGGCACAUUUUAAUGUUACAACUUAAUUUUAGGGAUUAUUUUAACAUUUGUCUGGUCUCCCAAGGUUGGCAUUAAAGAUUGCAUCAACUAAUGAUGUAAGAAAUUUCUUAAAAUUAGUGUGGGGUAGGUUUGAACAAAACAAUUUAAAUACUUAUUUGACAGCCUUCACAUAUAUAACACUGACGUCUUUAAAAACUGAAUGUACUUUUAAUACUAAAAUGUUUUUUUUGCUGCUAGAAAGGACUUGCUGUGUUGUGCUCAUAUGUAUUUUGAACAUGCUGAUGUCCACUGGUGGCCUAUACUGUCUCAGAUGUAUAUGAAUGUCUUUACUUUUAAAAAGGAACUGUUUCAGAGAAUUUGAAAUAAACAAUAUGCUCCACAGACAUAGUAUAUCUGACUAUAUCAGACAUGAUAUAGUCAGAAAAUGUAUCAAACAGUGGUCAUUUAAGGACAAUAAAGCAGCGCAGA